CCGGCCGGCGGGCGGGCGACGAUGCCGAACUUCUGCGCGGCCCCCAACUGCACGCGGAAGAGCACGCAGUCGGACCUGGCCUUCUUCAGGUUCCCGCGGGAUCCGGCCAGAUGCCAGAAGUGGGUGGAGAAUUGUAGAAGAGCAGACUUAGAAGAUAAAACACCUGAUCAGCUAAAUAAACAUUAUCGAUUAUGUGCCAAACACUUUGAGACCUCUAUGAUCUGUAGAACUAGUCCAUAUAGGACAGUUCUUCGAGAUAAUGCAAUACCAACAAUUUUUGAUCUUACCAGCCAUUUGAACAAUCCACAUAGUAGACACAGAAAACGAAUAAAAGAAUUGAGUGAAGAUGAAAUCAGGACACUGAAACAGAAAAAAAUUGAAGAAACUUCUGAACAGGAGCAAAAACAUAAAGAAAUAAACAACAGCAAUGCUCAGAACCCCAGUGCAGAAGAAGGGUGUGAAGAACACGAUGAGGACAUUUUACCAUUAACCCUUGAAGAGAAGGAAAAUAAGGAAUACCUGAAAUCUUUAUUUGAAAUUUUGAUUCUUAUGGGAAAACAAAAUAUACCUCUGGAUGGACAUGAGGCAGAUGAAAUCCCAGAAGGUCUCUUCACUCCUGAUAACUUUCAGGCAUUGCUAGAGUGCCGGAUAAAUUCUGGUGAAGAGGUUCUGAGAAAGCGCUUUGAGACAACAGCAGUAAACACAUUGUUCUGUUCGAAAACACAGCAGAAACAGAUGCUAGAUAUUUGUGAGAGCUGCAUCCGGGAAGAAACCCUCAGGGAAGUAAGAGACUCUCACUUUUUUUCCAUUAUCACUGAUGAUGUAGUGGACAUAGCAGGGGAAGAGCACCUUCCUGUGUUGGUGAGGUUUGUUGAUGAAUCUCAUAACCUGAGAGAGGAAUUCGUGGGCUUUCUGCCUUAUGAAGCUGAUGCAGAAAUUUUAGCCGUGAAAUUUCACACUACAAUAACAGAGAAGUGGGGACUAAACAUGGAGUAUUGUCGUGGCCAGGCAUACAUUGUGUCCAGUGGAUUUUCUUCCAAAAUGAAAGUUGUUGCUUCUAGACUAUUAGAGAAAUACCCUCAAGCUAUCUACACACUUUGCUCUUCCUGUGCCUUAAAUAUGUGGUUGGCCAAAUCAGUGCCUGUUACAGGAGUAUCUGUUGCAUUAGGAACAAUUGAGGAAGUUUGUUCCUUUUUUCAUCGAUCACCACAACUACUAUUAGAGCUUGACAGUAUAAUUUCUGUCCUCUUUCAGAGUAAUGAAGAAAGGGGUAAAGAACUGAAGGAAAUUUGCCAUUCUCAGUGGACAGGCAGGCAUGAUGCUUUUGAAAUUUUAGUGGACCUCCUGCAAGCACUUGUUUUAUGUUUAGAUGGUAUCAAUAGUGACACAAACAUUAGAUGGAAUAACUGCAUAGCUGGCCGAGCAUUUGUGCUUUGUAGUGCAGUAACAGAUUUUGAUUUCAUUGUUACUAUCGUCGUUCUUAAAAAUGUUCUGUCUUUUACAAGAGCUUUUGGGAAAAAUCUCCAGGGGCAAACUUCUGAUGUCUUCUUUGCCGCCAGUAGCUUGACUGCAGUGCUACAUUCACUAAAUGAAGUGAUGGAAAAUAUUGAAGUUUAUCAUGAAUUUUGGUUUGAGGAAGCCACAAAUUUGGCAACCAAACUUGAUAUUCAGAUGAAACUCCCUGGAAAAUUCCGUAGAGCUCAGCAAGGUAACCUGGAAUCUCAGCUGACUUCUGAGAGUUACUAUAAAGAAACUCUAAGUGUUCCAACAGUGGAGCAUAUUAUUCAGGAACUGAAAGAUAUAUUCUCAGAACAGCACCUGAAAGCUCUUAAGUGCUUAUCUCUGGUACCUUCUGUCAUGGGACAGCUCAAAUUCAACACAUCGGAGGAGCACCAUGCUGACAUGUACAGAAGUGACUUACCCAAUCCUGACACGCUAUCAGCCGAGCUGCACUGUUGGAGAAUUAAGUGGAAACACAGAGGGAAAGACAUAGAGCUUCCAUCCACCAUUUAUGAAGCCCUUCACCUGCCAGAUAUCAAGUUUUUUCCUAAUGUUUACGCACUGCUGAAGGUUCUUUGUAUUCUUCCCGUCAUGAAAGUUGAAAAUGAACGCUAUGAAAAUGGGCGAAAGCGUCUGAAAGCAUACCUAAGGAACACUUUAACAGACCAAAGGUCAAGUAACUUGGCUUUGCUUAACAUAAAUUUUGAUAUAAAACAUGAUCUGGAUUUAAUGGUGGACACAUAUAUCAAACUCUACACAACUAAACCUGAACCUCCUACAGAUAAUUCGGAAACCAUUGAAAACACCUAAAAGACUUUUAAAAUAGGCUUUCUCCUAUAUUUGACAUUUGAGAAAAUCUGAAUGGAAUUUGAAAACAUUUUACAGAAAAGCUGUAAGGUGAUAUAGGCCUCUUAAUCACUGAGUAUCUUGAUGUAUAGUUCUCCCAUUGAGUACAUUAUCCAUUGGCAAUCUGCCUGUUUAAGUGGCCCAGGCUGAACUCAUGCUUUGGAGACCUACUGUCUUUCCAGAAGAUAGCUUGAAAGUGCUACUUACACUUGUGUGUGAGUUCUGCUAGUGGCACUUUGAAACUGUUUUAGUUUAGUCAUUUUAGAUACAACAUUAUCACUGUGGAUCCAUUUGUCAGGUCUUGAGGUAUCAGUUCUUUGGAGAAAUUUGAGGACGGGAUACAUUGUAUAAAAUGUUACCUUGAAGCUAAUGACUGAGGAGUCUUAACGGUCUUGUUAAAAAUCUAUAAUGGAUAGUUCAGGGAAUUACUAGAUAGUGAGAGGAGGAGUGUGUGAGCUUGCCAAAUGAGGGCUUUGGUGUAGAUUUUAUCUUUUAUUAAAUGAACUGGAAAGGACAAGUUACAGUUUGAAGGGGAGAGCCUGCUGUUCCACUUCUGGCUGUUGCUGUUUACAUUCCUUUGCUGAGCCUACAUCUUUGUAAGCUUCUUAGCAGGUGUAUGUCGAAAGCUUCUGUUUCAUGGUCGGGACAGGAUCGGAGGCCAUGGAUACGGACAACUGAUUUGUCUGUUUUCUUAUGUCUUUUUUCCAUGACUGUGUCUACUGCCUCGUCUUGAUUUAUAAGCAAAUCCUGGAAAACCUACAAAAAUAAGUCUUUUGUGGUUUAUCUAGGAAGAAUACAGAAAAUAUUGCUGUUAUUUUUGGUGAAGAAAAUCAAUUUUGUAUAGUUUAUUUCAGCCUAAAUAAAAUGUGAAUUUUGUUUAAU